UAUAGUCAUCCUCCGUUGCUUUAGCUAUGCAAUCUGCAACCACAUACUUGAUACUUGUGUUGUGAAGUUCACUUAACUUAAUACUCCGGCCAAUGCAUUACGUUUUCUGUUGAAGGCUUGAAGCACUCGUCAGACUCAACCAUCAAAAUCCUGCUGCUUUUGCCUGGGUGUCUAAGACACAGAAAGUAACAGAGUCCAAUUUACAACGCCUUUCUUACUGUCAAACGAAGAUGCCUCCUAAAAGAAGAGGAGAGAUAGAGGUGACUACAGAGGAGAUGGUGAAUUCAUCGCCUCCAACUUGUUUUCAAUCUUCUUCUCCCUCGAGUUGCGAACCUGCUCUUGGACCUCAGAUCAAUCUAACAAGACAGAAAUCAUAUUCCUUUGAGGGGUCAAGCUUUCAUCAGCUGCAGCCUAUAUGUAAUUCUAACUCCAGGAAUCAACUCUCUGCACUGCCUUCCUCUAAUAGAAUAAAUAUUAGCACUUCAAUUCCAGGACCCAGUAUUGGAGCCAUGCCAAUGGAAGAAGACAUUUGUCUGGAUGCUGAGGGAUUAAGUACUCAAACACCUAGUGGAUCACAAAUUGAAUGUGCAACACCCAAUAGAGAAUUGCCAUAUCUAAUUCUUUGUGACGAGGAAAGAAGGAAGGAAUACCUCUCCCUAUGUGUACCUUUAUAUCAAGCUGCAAUCAAAGGAGACUGGGAAGUUGCUAAAGAUGUCAUUGAAAAAUAUCCAGUUAUUGUUCGUGUUGCGAUAACAAGAAAGUGGGAGACAGCUCUGCAUAUUGCUGCUGCAGAAAAACGCACUGCUUUUGUAAAGGAGCUGAUUAAACAUAUGAACGAAGAGGAUCUAGCCUUGAAAAAUAAAGAUGACAACACUGCUAUUUGUUUUGCUGCCGCAUCAGGAAUUGUGGAAAUUGCUGAGGUCAUGGUGGAAAAAAACAAUAACCUUCCCAUGAUUCGAGGUAAUAAAGGAAUGAGACCCAUAUACAUGGCAGCUUUGUUUGGACACAGGAAUAUGGUGUCAUACCUCUAUCCUGUUACUAAUUUUGGAAGCCUAGCUCGUGAGGAACAAAUUAGCCUCUUUCUUGCUACUAUUUCAGCUGAUUUAUAUGGUUUCAAAUGGAUAUAUUACAAAGAUCUGAUGCAGACGUUAGCCCAUCAACUAGUCGAAAAAUUUUGGGAACAUGUUCUACAAUUGCAAGAUUGGGAGAUUUCAAAACUAACUAAAACACCUUCAGAACUACUCUUUGAUGCGGCAGAAUUAGGCAAUGUAGAGUUUCUGAUCAUCCUUAUUCGCGCAUAUCCUGAUCUGAUAUGGAAAGUUGAUCAAAAUAAUCGAAGUUUGUUUCAUACUGCGGUUCUUUAUCGUCAGGAGGCCAUCUUUAAUCUAAUAUAUGAGAUUGGAGCAAUUAAAGAUUUGAUAGCAGCAUAUAAGGAUAAGAAUAAUACUGAUAACAAUAAUAUCCUGCAUCUAGCUGGAAUCUUGGCACCACUUAGUCGACGUCAAAUUGUAUUAGGAGCUGCACUUCAAAUGCAAAGAGAGCUAUUGUGGUUUCAGGCAGUGGAAAAAAUUGUGCCACCUUCAUAUAUUAAGACGAAGAAUUCAAAAAACCAGACACCCAAGGAGCUAUUUUCUGAGGAGCACAAGAAGUUGUUAAAAGAAGGAGAGAAGUGGAUGAAGAGCACUGCAACUUCAUGCAUGCUUGUUGCAACGCUCAUUGCCACUGUGGUAUUUGCUGCAGUUAUUACAGUACCGGGAGGAGAAAAUAAUGAUACGGGUGUUCCUAUAUGUCUAAGAGAGAAGUGGUUUUUUAUUUUUGUCAUAUCGGAUGCAAUAGCACUGUUCUCUUCCUCAGCUUCAAUAAUAAUGUUCUUGUCCAUUCUUACGUCACGUUAUGCAGAAAACGAUUUUCUUAUAUCACUACCCACAAGGUUGAUGUUUGGAAUCUCGACACUGUUUAUCUCUAUUGCUACAAUGGUGCUAGCCUAUACUGGAGCCAUCUUUCUGAUCUAUGAUCAUAAACAUGUUUGGGUUCCUAUCCUUAUUGAGUUUCUUGCUUGUGCUACAGUCACAUUAUUUGCUUGGCAACAUUUUCAUCUUUGGGCUGAUACAGUCCGCUCAACCUAUUGGUCUAGGUUUCUCUUUCGGCCGUUUAAACAUAGGCUUUAGAAUUGAAUUGUCAAAUUUGCUGAUGUACUU